AUGAUAUAUGAGUUAGAGGCCAACAACUUGUCCUCGAACAAUGGAAUUGUCAAUCGGCAGGAUAAAGGACGAUUCAAUGAUUUUCAAACAAACAAGGUCAUGGACUCCCGAAAGGUAUAAAUAACCCUUGCUAAGCUCCAGCUUCUUGAUGCCCUUUUCUUCUCCAUACCUCUCGACGGCUCUGCACCUCGACAAUUUCCCAGAAAAGGGCAUACCGACAUCCAACACAUCUGACUUGCGCUGGACUCACAAUCUCUCAAUACCCCCCAAGCUAGCACAAUGAUCCCCCGUCUCUUUGGCAAGGCCGGUGCCCAGGGCAAGGCAUCUCGUCCGCCUACGUCGGUGCCUGCAGCAGGUGCAGCACCCACAGAGUUCGGCCUCUCCCGAGCCUCAACGGCCGACUCUGUAUCAUCUACUAACUCUAUCCGGCGCUCUGGUGCAAUCCGUCGACAGACAAACCCCUUGGCACAGCGUCGCCAGCUCCCCUCCCCCUCCUGGAACGAGCUGGCAGAUCCCGAAGACAAGACCAACGAGGGUAUCUCGCAGGACACGGCACAUGCUAGAGUGCGCCAGUGGCCCUUCCACGCGGACGGCAACAACAACCAAGGGGUCGCAGGCUUGCACACGCUGCCGGACACCAUCCGGGCGAAACUGGCCAACGGGGUGACCCUGUGCGAGCUGGGGGUCUUCCUCGAGACCGUCCUGUACGGCCGCGAUGCGCUUCUCGACGGAUAUGUCACGGCGUUAAUCGACAACGGCGUCGAAUACUACUGGGUCGCAGAGUGUUUCAUCGCUCACCUCAAGGCUGGCUACGGUAUCGCCCGUCUCACCGAGGGCCUGCCUGAACUUCGCCGCGGAAACACGUUGAUGACUCCACGACAAGGCUCGACGCCUGGACGACCUGUCUAGAAAGCGUGGUUUACCUUGGUUCUACGCCAGAUGGAGGAUCAAUUUUCUUUUUCUUUUUUCAGUACUAAACGUCAAGUUGAGUAUUAGGUAUCUUUUUAUUUUCUUUUCUCCCCCUCUU